GUGCUGACUCCCAACCUCAAUAACAAUCAGCUUCUACCCAAAAACACGUCCACAUUCAAUGAACCUGCCUUCCUUCCCAUGUCCCCAUCCUUAUAAAAACCACCAUUUACACCGCAUUCCAAACAAAGAUUUUCGCACUUAUUCUCCGAAAACCCAGAACCCAAAUUAGACAAAUUAGAUUUUCGCACUUAUACGACCAUGGCAUCUGCUGUCACAUCUUCUUCAGCUCUUUACAGUUCUUCUUUAUCUUCUUCAAUUGACGAAGCCAAAGCCGCGCAUUUAGGUGCAUUUCAGCCGUUGGAUAGGCUCCAUUCCAGAACAACGGCCGUGAGUUUCGCAAGGAGGCGUGGCUCCGUGAAACCGUUGAAUGCCGAACUGAAGAGGAAUUACUCAAUUAUCCCUGCAGCGGCAACCGCGUCCGCUCCUGGUCUAUUGAACACAGAAGAGGUUACCGGAGGCGGAAAUGUGGAGGUAGAGGACUAUGAAAAAUUGGCACGGGAGCUCGAAAAUGCUUCGCCGCUCGAGAUUAUGGAUAAGGCCCUUGAGAAAUUCGGGAACGAUAUUGCAAUUGCCUUUAGCGGCGCAGAAGACGUAGCUUUGAUCGAAUAUGCGCGUUUAACUGGACGACCAUUCAGGGUGUUCAGCCUGGAUACUGGGAGGUUGAAUCCUGAAACGUACAAAUUCUUUGAUGAAGUUGAGAAGCACUACGGCAUCCGCAUUGAGUACAUGUUUCCUGAUGCUGCUGAAGUUCAAGAUUUGGUUAGGCGCAAGGGUCUAUUCUCGUUCUACGAAGACGGGCACCAGGAAUGCUGCCGCGUGAGGAAGGUUAGGCCCCUGAGGAGGGCCCUCAAGGGGCUGCGCGCGUGGAUAACUGGGCAGCGCAAGGAUCAGUCCCCAGGAACCCGGUCCGAAAUCCCGGUAGUCCAGGUUGAUCCUGUUUUCGAGGGGUUGGAUGGUGGGGUUGGCAGCUUGGUGAAGUGGAAUCCUGUGGCGAACGCCAAGGGUGACAACGUAUGGAGUUUCCUCCGCACCAUGAAUGUGCCUGUGAACUCCUUGCAUGCCAAAGGCUACAUCUCGAUUGGAUGUGAACCGUGCACGAGGGCCGUGCUGCCCGGGCAGCACGAGCGAGAAGGGCGGUGGUGGUGGGAGGAUGCCAAGGCCAAGGAGUGUGGGCUGCACAAGGGCAACAUCAAGGAGGAGAACGUGAACGGGGGUGUCCAUCCUAACGGAACCACAACGCAUGCUGAUCUUUUCGAGAGCAAGAGUGUGGUGAAGCUGAGCAGGCGUGGGAUAGAGAAUCUGGUGAGAUUGGAGAAGCGGAGUGAGACGUGGGUGGUGGUGGUGUAUGCGCCUUGGUGCAGAUUCUGCCAGGCGAUGGAGGAGUCGUACGUGGAGUUGGCGGAGAAGCUUGCAGGUAGGGGAGUGAAGGUAGCCAAGUUUAGGGGUGAUGGGGAAGACAAAGCAUUCGCGCAAGAGGCAUUGCAACUGGGGAGUUUCCCUACUGUGCUGUUAUUCCCUAAGCAUGCUUCGCGCCCAGUAAAAUAUCCAUCUGAGAAGAGAGAUGUGGACUCAUUGCUGGCUUUUAUCAAUGCCCUUGAGUAAUCCUUUGCUCCUUUACUUAUUACUCUCUGCCCCUGCUAGUAUAGUUAGUAAAUAGUAGUAUUGAUUUUGACUUUUGAGGGCUCAUUUUUGUAUGUUGUGAUUAAGUGAGCCCAUCAUUCAUUUCAAAUAAACAAGUGUGACUACGUAAUAUAUUUGCACGCUUAUCAAA